AUGCUGGAGAAGGCCAGAUUAUAUACAAAGAUUGUGGGUUAUACCCUCUACGUUAUCUGGGCGGAGCUACGACUUGCUCUCGGAGCCGCCAUUGUGCGACGACAAGCUUCCUGGUUUGGAUCUUUAGGAGCGGAGGAAAGGACUCGCAACAUCGUUAUUGUUGGAGCUUCUUUUGCCGGUUACCGUGUAGCUCAAAUCGUUGCGAAAGCCUUGCCUCCACGAAGCCCUUAUCGAGUCGUCGUCAUCGAGCCGAACAGCCAUGAACAUAAAGCUUUCAUUCCUUAUGGGGGAAAUCUAAAAGGGGCCAUAGAGGGCUCAUACCGCUGGGUGAAGGACAAAGCCGCCGACAUUGAUCGCACAGCUGUUAGGCUGCAGGAUAGCGGCGAGGUAAUCCCAUACGAGUUCCUCGUCAUUGCUACGGGAGCCGGAGUCAAAGAUGGCCUUCCAUCGCGAGUUAAUGCUACAGACAAGCUUGAGGGUAUGAAGCUUCUACAAGGGAUGCAAAAGGGAGUCGAAUCUGCCAACACCGUCGUCGUCGUUGGAGGAGGCGCCGCUGGAGUCGAAGUCGCCACAGAUGCCAAGGCCCUCUAUCCAGAGAAGCACAUCAUCUUGGUCCACUCAAGACCGGCAGUGAUGCAUCGUUUUGGCAAAGGCCUCCAAAAAGCUGCGCGAGAGGGCCUUGAAAGACUAGGCGUGGAGCUUAUUCUCGAAGACCGCGUUGUGGAUGAAGAUGCGUCUUCGAAGGUAGUGACCCUGAAAUCUGGCCGAAAGAUUUCAUACGAUUUCUAUAUGAACUGUGCCGGGCAAAGGCCACUCUCCGACGUAAUUGCCAACCUUUCUCCCAACUCGAUCUCAUCCACGGGACAUAUCAAAGUCAAGCCGACCCUCCAAAUAGACGACGGUUCUCUGCCGAAUGUCUACACAUGCGGCGACGUUGCCGAUACCAAGACUCCAAACCCAAACUCUCGAUCAGGGACACGCCAAGCAACUGUUGUGGCGGAAAAUAUUCUCCUUGCAGUUGCAGGCAAAAAGCCUCGCCACAUCUACAAGAACGAAUGGGUAGAUGGCAUAAUUAAGCUGACUCUGGGACUGGAUCGAUCAGUUACGCACCUUGGAGAUGGAAUAUCUGAGCUACUCUUUCCUUCAAAGGAAACAGACGAGGCUCUCAUGUCUGCCAUGUGCUGGUCGCGCAUGGGAGAGAAACCAUUUGAAGACAAAUACAUGGAUGAUCACGCAGCUGAGGUGGUGGCAGAUUCCAGCAAAGUAUGA